UUGACAUAUCGCUUGCAAUCGCGCUCUAUGGGUUCUGCACAUAAGCUAUUAAGCUUAAAAAACUCAUAUAACAUAUACACUCUGUACUGAUAAGUCAGCAGCUGAUAGCCAUCUGAUUAAUGGGGGCAUUACAACCGCAAUAAAAUUGUGCUAAGCAAACCGAAAUCUAACAGGGUUUUUUUUAUUACACAAACUCGGAUUAUCAUAUUCCAUAAUGCUAUAAAUAAAAGAGCAUCUGAAAUAAACCAUCUGUAAAACUUGAAAUCAUUUGGCACGCAAAUAAAUUAUGGACGCGAAUGGCAGUAGUGCUGUGACGCAAAAUCACACACCAUACACUUUUCUGCACUCACUUGUGGCAGGUGGCGUUGCCGGUAUUGUUGUGGAUAUUGCACUCUUCCCCAUCGAUACAAUUAAAACACGCUUGCAGAGCGAAUUGGGUUUCAUACGUGCCGGUGGUUUUCGUGGUGUUUAUAAAGGAUUAGCUCCGGCUGCUGCUGGCAGCGCACCAACUGCAGCAUUAUUCUUUUGCAGUUAUGAUAGCUUUAAGCGAUAUUUAAGCUCGUCUACUGGUGCAAUUAAUUCUCCAUAUAUACAUAUGGUGUCCGCUUCUUGUGCAGAAAUUUUAGCAUGUCUUAUUCGUGUACCCAUAGAAAUCGCCAAACAACGACGACAAACGAUUGGCAAUACACAAAGAACAACUGCUUUACAAAUACUAUGGCGCGCCUACAAAACGGAGGGCUUACGUCGUGGCCUAUAUCGCGGCUAUGGCACUACAGUGAUGCGUGAAAUACCAUUUAGUUUAAUACAAUUUCCGCUUUGGGAAUACUUUAAACUACAUUGGACUGACGUCACUGGCAUAGAGUCAACGCCAUUCACUGUCGCAUUAUGUGGCGCUGUUGCGGGUGGCAUUGCAGCCGGUUUAACUACACCACUUGAUGUUGCCAAAACGCGUAUCAUGCUCGCGGAGCAAGGUACAGCGACGAAGAAGUUGAAUGCCCGCAUUGUGCUGACAACAGUUUAUAGGGAAAGAGGUAUCUCGGGAAUCUUUGCAGGUUUUACUCCACGUGUGCUUUGGAUAACUUUAGGCGGUGCAUUUUUCUUUGGAUUCUACGAUCUAACCUUAAGACUUUUAGGUGCUGAUACUGCAUCGGAUAAAGUAAAUGCUUAGCAUUUAAAUGUAUGUAGCUAAACUUCUGUCAGCCGGUAUACUUUUUGUGUACCCGUAAAAUAUAUGCAUGCAUAAUUUACGUACUCAAACUCAAACUUUGAUUAGUUAUAAGACAAUACAUGUAACAUUUAUUUUUAAUAAGUUUGUGGUUUGUUGAUGAAUUAUUAAGACAAGAUAAUACAUAGACUAUUUUCAACAUUCAUACUUUAA